AUGGGAGGAGUACGAGUGAUUCAAAUAACUAAUAUUGCUCCUCAAACUACUAAGGACCAAAUGCAUUCUCUAUUUGGUUACAUAGGAAAAAUAGAACAGAUUCAAUUGUAUCCGACAAUUAGGGAAGUUGCUGUGCCGGGUCGAUCAUUGGUUUGCUAUGUGAAGUUUAUGGAUAGUGCAAGUGUUGGAGUUGCUCAACACCUUACAAAUACGGUUUUCAUAGAUCGAGCAUUGAUUGUUGUUCCUUUUUCUUCCAACGAUAUACCUGAUGAACAAAAGGCUUUUGAAUUGACUAGGCCUGGUCCGAAGCUGGCACCGGGAGUGACAAAUCAAUUGGAAGGAUUUCCGCCAAAUCAGGUUUUGGUUACUCAUGAUCCUCGAUUAAUUGAACACAAUUUACCUUUAUAUCCGCCAUUGCCUUCUAAUACAGAUAGUAAUACAUUAGAUGAAAUUAGAAGAACGGUAGUUAUAACUAAUCUAGAUAGGUCAAUCGGGAGUCAAAAUGUGAUUGAACUAUUUUCUAAAGCUGGAGAAGUUAAAUAUGUUAGAUUUUGCUUUAGGCCAGGAGACACUGCUAAUUAUGCAUUGGUUGAAUUUACUGAUCAAACUAGUAUAAUAGCAGCUUUAAAGAUGAAUGGAAUGCAACUUGCUGGAAAUACUAUAAAAGUUUAUCAUUCUAUUCAAGCUAUUGUAAAACCACAACCUAAAAGCGAUGAAGCUGCACAGCGAGAAAUUCAAGAAGCCAUGACCGCUCAAGAUCUCGAAGCCGUUAUGGUAGAUCGAGGAGAAGCAGAUCACGAUCAAGAUCAAGGCAUUCUCGAAGAAGAUCGAGAUCAAGACACAGAAGAUCCAGGUCAAGAUCUAGACGUUCAAGGUCAAGAAGGCGUUCUCGAUCAAGGUCACACUCUAAGCACUCAAGAAGAUCGAGAUCGCGUGAUAGACGUAGAUCCAGAUCUCGUUCGAGGCGAAGAUCAAGAUCCCGUUCAAAACGGUCUCGCUCUCGUUCCAAAAGAAGAUCUCGUUCGCGAUCUCACAGAUCCAGUUCUAGGUCUAAAAGCUCAUCCUCUAGAUAGAGAUAAAGAAAGGGACAGGGAUAGAGAUAGGGAUAGGGACAGAGAUAGAGAUAGGGAUAAAGAUAGGGAUAGGGAAAGGGAUAGAGAUAGAGACAAAGAAAAAGACAGAGAUCGGGACAGGGACAGGGAUAGAGACAGAGAUAGGGAUAGGGACAGAGAAAAGGAAAAAGAAAGAGAUAGAGAUAGGGAUAAGGACAGAGAAAAAGAAAGAGAGAAAGAUAAGGAAAAGAGAACUAAAAUAAAGGAAAGAAUAAAAGAAGAAGAAGAAAAGGAAGAAGCUGAUUUGGAGCAAGAAACAGAACCUGAACCGAUGGAUGAAGAUAAAAUGGAUGAGAAAUAA